CAGAAAAUUUAUUAAUAGGUUACUUUUUCACAUUCUUCUGCUGCUCGGUUGUUUAUUAAGACCGCAAGCAACUCUCAGAAAGAAAGCGGAAAAGUUCCAUCUAAAACAUUCAGGACAAGCACUUUUGGUAAAAUAAUAUCUGCUAUGUUUUCCUCGUUCGAUUUUUGUAAAUAGUAUAGUAAUAGUAUACCGUCGGCGUAUCAAAAACUCUAAUUUGACGAAAGGCUACUACGUACCCUAGCUGAGAAUCAAAAUACUUUAAAACUAGGGCAUACAAGGUUGGACGGUUCUUUUAAUUGAACGUAAACUGCUUUAUGCACAUGAUAAUGUAUACCUCUUUUGUUAUUCUCAGCUCAAGUCUAGAACAUGGGUCUUCUCUCUAAAGGAUGUCCGCUGUCGUGGUCUGAAACAAAACAGUACAGAGACGAAGUUCGGAAACGCGGUAUUUUGCAAUUUCUCCACAUCUACAACAGAGAGAAAGACAGAGACAACGAUGGUUUGAAAUGGGGCGAUGAGGUAAUGUUGAUCACUCCAAAAAUGAAGAUAUUGUGAUGAUCUUUAUCACAUAAACUGCGGUGUUGUACAAGGAUUUCCGGCCCUGAGAAAAGCCGUAACAACACACGUGAAAAAAAAUCGUAUUUUUUCCACGUGUGUUCUAACUUCUCCCUGCAAUAUACAUACAUCAUCCAGCAAAUAGUGAUGAGAAUACUCGAACUUAUCAAGUAAAAGUUGUUGUCUUGAUCUAACACCAAAUUCUUGUAAGUAAUUUAAAAGGAAAUAUGUGAUAACUGGUGGGAGAAUUGACUAUCAGGUCUUGGCAGUUAAAGGGUUAAUUCAAACGUUCUGAUUGGUUUCUAUAAUUGGUCUUUUUUUUUUUAUCAUACAGAUCAAUUCUGGAUUUUUUUCCGUGUAAUUUUGGUCGCGAAAGCCAGCAAAUUCAAAUCAACAAGUUUGGUCCGAAUACCAUAAACUACUUAUUAACCUCACUUGUUCAAGCCGUACUGGGUAAUAUCGGCCAUUGGUGGGAUUUUUUUUGGACCUCGCCGUCCUCUGUUCACACUGCCAUGAGCACGGGCCAAUAUUCCUCAUUAUGGUCCUUGCACUCGGUUAGUAAGAAGUUAUUACGUUUUGAAAUAAUUUGAUGCCAGAUCUUGCGUUACAGAUGGAGUACACCCUAUUGAAGUUUGACCAUGAGAACAAGAAAGUUUACUGCAAUUUGAGGGCAAAAGAUGUUUUGGAUGAUUUGACACUUGUGGAACAAAAUAAUACCAGGUAAUGAUAAGACACAUUGAAAUUCAUAUUUUGAAUCCUGUCCUUAUUGGCUCGUGAACUACAAAUUGUGUGACAGGGGUACGUUUUCUAAAGAAACUGUGGUGCUGCGUCGGUGGGAGAGUACAGCAGGGUAAUUUAGCAUUAUCUGCUGAGUUGAUAACGUGAACUGGCCACCGAAAAGAGUUUACAAGCACCAAAUUAAGGCCCAAAAACUCGACCAACUUAUCGGCCCUCAAAUUGCUAAUGACUCAUCGCCUGAAGGCCUCAAAACUAUAUUUAGUACUCUAGAAAAUUUUCCUCUUUCCGAUCCAUUAAGCAAGAUGUUGAAAAAUUUCUUCGACGAGCUCAAUUGAAAGCCUUCUUUCACGACAAAGAGGAUGAUUCUAACACCUCAAACAAAGAUACUUUCGAAACACUUUAAGAUUUAAGAUGGACUCCCGUAGAGGGCAAAUUCGCAUCUUUAGUUUUUUCAUCAAAAAAUGUCGCGAUAUUAACAAACUGAAAUUCAAUCGUAACACCAAAUUCCUAACCUUUCUUCGGAAGAGUGGUCGGCACUAAAAAGUCUUAAAAAACGCAAAGACAGUUAUUAAAGCGGCUGACAUAGGCGGUGUAGUCGUUGUUUGGCGGGCCGACCUCUACCAAAAAGAAGCUUUGUGGCAACUUUCUGACACCUCUUUUUAUACAAAAGUUGACAAAGAUCUCACUUUAAUCAAACAAAACAUUCUCAAAAAUACAAUUAACGAUACUACAGCUAAACAUGAAUUACCGGGCAUUGCAAAAAAACUCACCAUCACCACUCCUAGAACUUCGUGUAUUUACUUUUUACUAAAAAAUCCACAAACCUAACAACCUAGGUCGACACAUCGUCUCUGCCUGUAUAUAGCUGCAGUUGUCCCACCGAACUUAUUUCCUUGCAACUAUUUAGACAAAAUUAUGAUACCCAUCGUCAAAACUUUAACAUCAUACAUUAAAGACAGCUGUUGAAAGCUGGACCGAGAGUGUCACGUGGAUUUUUGUAUGUUUCUUACCCCCCACGAAUUGAACUUUGAACUCUUGAUAAAAACUCAAAAAGAAAGGAAAAUGAAAAGGAAUGCGUGAGAGCUGUCUUGCAUAUUGUUAUUCUGGAAUACAGUCUUUAUUCGAAGUUGUCCUGUUGUAUACGUUUUAUACAACAGCCAAGUUGAAAUUUUUCGCGACUUCUUUUCCCUAUGGACAUUGCAUCUCUUUAUACUGUCACCUGUUCCCCAUGACGAAGGUUUCCGCGCCCUCAAACACUUUUCGAUCAACGCACUGUUAAGGAACCUAGCUCUGAAACACUGCUCCGUCUAGCCGAACAAGUACUAACACUCAAUUGCUUUUUAUUCGGUGGCAGCUACAACAAACAAACUAGCGACGUAGCCAUGGGUAUCAAAAUGGGAACCAGCUACGUCAAUCUUUUCGUUGGUCUAUCGAACGCCAAUUUUCAGUCAAUACAACGGCCCCAAACUUGAACUCUACGGUCGCCACAUUGAUGACUGCAUCGGCGCUACCUCCUCUACCACAGAGGAGCUCACUUAAUUUUUAACCGCCGUCAAUUCUUUUUAACCGGCCCUGAAAUAUACCUGGGAAAUUAGACAUCAAAAUUUUAGUUGAAGGUAACGGUCUAUGCACUAGUGAUAACUACAAACCUUCAGGAUUCACAUAGUUGCUUGUUGUAUUCACCUUCGCAUCCAUCACACAUCAAGGAUUCCAUAUCUUUUUCACGACUUCGUCGUUUAUGUGGUGAGGACUCUUUUUUUUUUCGAAAAAUUGGAGGCAAUGUGCAAGUUUUUCGAUAAACGUGGUUAUCCUGUUUCUGUCGUUCAAGCGGGCCACCAUUGCGCCCAACAGACAGUCAGCAUUACACACGGCUCUGAAGGAAGAUACUGAUCGUAUUCCAUUCACUGUCACAUUUCACCCUCACAAACACGUAGUUAAAUCAUAAUUCCUAAAAAUUGUAAAUUGUCUUAAAACGAUUAAGAGACUGGUACUAUCUUUUCGCAACCUACACUAAUUUCAUUCAAACGCGAAAAGAACAUAGGCAACUUUUUGGUCAGAAAUUCAUUUCAAACCAAUGACCAACCUGGAACUUUCAAGUGCUCUCGCUCACGAUGUCCUUUCAUUCACCACCUUGAGAAAAUAUCGGGACCCAAGAGAUCUAUUAAGAUCACUGAUCACCUCACGAGCACCUCCGCCGAUGUCAUCUAAUUUUUAACUUGCACUUGUUGCAAAAAGUUAUACACUGGUGAAACAGGAAGAACUUACUAGGUGGCCGAUUCCGAGAAUACUCUCGCGACGUACAAAGAAAUAACAAGGACGCAUCCAAACCAGUCGCUAGACACUUUAAUCUCCCUAAAUUCUAAACAGCAUAUGGCAGUUUGCGGCCUUUCCAUACAUCUAUACCCAAGUUCAAGAACAUCGUGAGAUUGCCACUGGAUAACAGCAUUUUUGCUUUUUAUUCCAGAAUGAAUUCUUUGUUAUUACUUUUGUUUUUAUCUUUUUUUUUCUUCUGUCCUAUUUCACUAAUUUUUCUUUAUUAACUCUUACAUUAACCGUUUUGUUUUUUUCAGCACCUACCCAAUUUCUUGGAAGCCUGAAUUUGCUAGCUAUAUGGUUGAAGGUAUUCGCUAUAACAUAUUAUUUAUAAUAUAUUAUUAACAAUUAUAUAUUAUUUAAAGGUAUUACAUUUGAGGAUAGUUUAUAGCUCACAACUUUCUUCUUAUUGCCAUGCAUCAUGGUUUUAAUGAAAACAGGAUAAUCGAAAUAACAUACCUGUGAGAGAAACGUCAUAAACGCUUUUUUGGCUGAUUUAUACUUAGAAAUCCCUGGUUUAUUUGGUACUUUCCUGUUUUGUUUUGUGUGUUAUGUAGCAUCACCUGGGCAGCCUAUGGGAGAAAGUUUGGCAUGUUUUAACAUCAUUGAAUUGAACAUGAUAUUAAGGUAAGUCAGGUAGGGAGAGUGGUACAGGCCCCGGUUGUUUGAAGGUCGGAUUACACUAUCCACUGGAUAAAUCUCUAUCCGGUGGAUAACGCCAUACGUUUUGUUAUCACUUAUCCGCUGAAAAGCAAUUUAUCCGGAGAUAGCGUUAUCCGCCCUUUAUACAACUGGGCCAAGAAGGAUACGAGUCUCAAGGGAGUGGCAAAGAGAAAGCAGUUACACUCUGAGUCACUCUUUUUGUGUGACUGGCUGUCUGUCUGACCAUUAGUCUAUUAGUCUGUCUAUCAAUUGUCACUUUUUCUAUAUGUAUAACUAGCUGUCUGCCUGAUGGUCAAUCCACCGGUGAGUUCUUCUUUUUUCCAAUUCAACUAGUCGUCAGUCGGCUAGUCUAUCUGUCUGUCUAAUGGUUUAGCUCAUCUCAGAAAGUCCCUAGAGUUCAGGGGAAUCUUUUGUCUGUCCCAUGUUCGUGAAAAGAUCUACUGUUGGUCAGUAGGUCAAUCGGACAAUCAGUCAUUCACGCCAUCUAGUUCAGCACUUAAAUAUAUACAUAUGGACCAGCCACAGCCGGCUCGCGGCUGGCAUGCGGACUAUCAGCCAAUCGGAAAGUUAGUGAAUCGUUUCCUCACGGGUGGAGAGCGGAGUACUCAAAACUUUUCUAGCUUUCACGUUCUAGACAGAUGUUUAGGAUAUUUCGCUGACAUAAAUGCUCUUGAACAACUGUGUGUAAAUAUAUGACUAUCAUAUAUUUGAACUGCGGGUUCAUGCUUAACUACUUUAGCAGUGGUGCAUGAAAAUAAAGCCUGAAAAAUCACUUCUGUUGAAGUAGUGUUCAUUGUUACAAAAGUCACUCUCAUCUUCAUUAAUGCUCUUGCGGAAAAUACGAUUGUUAGAGCGGAAUAUAAGAGUAUCCUAAUAAUGUUCACUUACUUCAGGUUUUGCUGUUUCGUUGUUAACUUUUGUCUUUGAUUUUGAUUUUCUUUUUUUUCGUUAACAGACGGGAAGAAAUGAAGAGAUUUUUGACCGAACCUGGUGAAACCGUUCAGUCCAUCGUAGCAUUUCCCAGGUAUGAUAUGUAAGGAUGCGGAAAACACAGAAAGAUAAACGUAGUUUUGGGCCGGUUUUGACAACUGACCGCAAAAAUGACCAAAAUUUAAUUCAGCGUUAUGCGGGAUUUCAGUCAUAUCUUGCUAGCACGUUAUUUGUUUUUUUUUUUGUUUUUUUUUUCGCUGUUCACAACCUUGCUGAAUCGCGACAAGUACUUUGUAAAGAAGGUAUUGAUUAAGUUCCUUUAACCAUCUGGUUCAAGCUCUAAGAUGAAAUCUAAGUGAUCAAACUCAACAAGUUGACAAGAUUUGUGUAUGCGUGCUGCUCACAAGUACAAAUUAUGAAAAAAAACCAACAGAAACAAUUUCCAAAAAAAUUCAGGAUACAUGCGGUCGUCUUAUCGUUUAGGUAAUGAAAUAUGUUUUCCUUAUCAGAUUGGGAUGCCCCAACUUUACCUUUCCAUUUUUUGAACCAACUCCGAACAAAGGAUUGUCAUGUUCAAUGUUUAUUCCGGACCAGGCUGUCUGUCAGAAUCACCUCAGGUUUAGGUAAGAAAACCAGCUCAGAGAGUGAAACGUAUGUGCACUGGUCCAAAGCACUGAGAGUGGCAUGUCGCAACUCUCCCGACUCAGUUGAAGUAUUUGUAGAGAUAUUUUAAAACUGAUUACUGGGGUUGAUCGAAGGCUAAUGAUUACGCUACUGUAACCUAUCGCCAACUGCUCUUCAAAUCUAGCCAAUUGGAAAAUUAGAGGAAUUUAAGGAUGAAUUGGGGGGGGAGGCAGGGGUUAUGGGUUGUGUGUUAAAUUCCCUCCUUCCCCUCCAAAAAAAGGGAACAAAAAUUUCAGAGUAAAAAUAUUUGACUCGUAAAAUUAAGCGAAACCAAUCGGGUUUUCUGCUUUUUCCCAGCAAACCUCUCGAACAUACAAGUUAGAGCACAUUACAGCAUUAUCCAGCGUAGCUGGUGGUUUAGUGUGUGCUUUUGGGCGGUACUGGGAUAGGUUUGGGAUGGUAAAUGGAAACGCAACCUCGCCUCUCAUCCAUUUAAGGCGCACACAAAACUCUUUGAUAUGCAGGCAAUAACAGUGUAGUUUAUUGGCCGAUCGGCAUCACCCCAAUUUUUUCCCUAGAUCCGGCUUAGAAGUGGUCCAGUUUACUUAGUUUUUAAGUCAUUGUUUUCAGCAACCAUGAAACUUUUUAGCAAAAUGAUUAUCUAUUUGAUACUUUUUGUUAUUUCUACUAGCUCAAUGACCCAAAACAUCCGAGAAAGAAGAGGUUCAAAGGUUGCUAUCAACGUACCAAGUAUGUUUGUCCGUUUGAUAUUUUGUUUGUUUGUUUGUUUUCGUCUCUGCGCCUAUAUUCGUGAGAACGACUCAUGACUUGACUUUCACUUAUAAUCGUGUCUUUACAAUUAUAAUGUGAAGCCACAUAUUUAGAGACAUUAGACAAAAGUCCUCGUUUGAGGACCGUACCCGUGCGUCCCCACGAGAUGCGAGCUGAAAGAAGGUUGGAAGUAAAAGAAGGAACGACGGUCAUGAGGCUUAUUGCCUGAAUUAGGUUGGACAGGACGGGAAAAUGUUGGGUUCUCGGUUAGAACGCUCGGAUCUCGUUGCACUCUAUCCUUAUGUCUACACCUUAAGCCAAAUAUUAACCCAUCAAGUCUCCCACAGAAUUAUUAAAUACCGGUACAUUGGCUUUGUUAUGCUUGUAAAAGAAUUAUGCGAUUGAUGCACGAUUUUUCCAAACAUUGUUAUUUAUUUCUUUGAGACAAGAAGUUAUUAUUUAUCUCUUCCUGAAUUGUUUCUACCACUUUUUCAGUAUUUAAAGACAUAAACACCCCUUCACCUUUUACUGAGACGUUUUCCACCGUUGAAGGAGAAGGAGCUGAGGCUGCUUUGCCAGAUCACAUUUAUAUGGACAGUGUUAGCUGCGGCCUUGGGAUGUCUUGUAUUCAGGUACACUCCUCUCUGUUGAGAAGCUUUCUUUAUAUAGGAAACUUAACUGAGAGAAACCUAAAGAUUGGAGAAGAUACGUAAGGCUGAGAGUCACUAAGAAAAGUCCUCACUUUGCUUAUUUCCUUUUUUCGAUGCUUUCUAGUCAAAGCGGAGCUGGUUUGCGGAACGAAACAAAACGAAACAAAACCAAAAAAAAAGCACAAUUAGGGAAAGCGGAGGUCAUUCUCCUCCAGCUCCAACAACUGUGUGUGACCUAGUUGCAAUAAUUUAGCCUUCUUUCUUCUAGAAAGAGUUAAAUUUAACAAAUACGAAGCGGUUACCAAACUAAAAUCAGUUUCACUAUUUCAAAUUUACAACAUAAAUAGAGGGAGAAAUGACUUCUCCUACAACAACGCAACGGUGGAAUUUAAUGGCUGCUCGUCUGAAAAGAAGUCAACUAAUAGACACCAGUAAUUAUGCCACUAUUCUAAAUAAAGAAACCCUAUAAACAAUAAUAAAUAGGAGAUUUACGUAUUUAUCACGCAAGCACAGUCUUAGCUAAGUAGAUCGAAGUUUAUUGUCGGUGAGUUCUGUCAUGCAAAGGUCUAGAAACUGAUUUAAAAAGCAUGUUCUCUUUCGAAAUGAAAGGUCACUCUCCAAGCCUGCAACAUCCAUGAAGCAAGGUUUCUUUACGAUCAACUCGCGGUAGUGAGUCCCAUAUUGGUAUGUAAACAUGGUAUUUUUGCUUCAAUGCCCAUUCAGUGAAUAGUGUUGAAUAAUCUUUCCACUACUGAGGGUGAGGCGAAUAAUUGUUUCAGUUCUAUUGCUUAUGUGAUUAUAAUAGCGAAAAUAACUUGUUUCAUUCCUGUUCUGCGAGCUUGUAACUUAUCAAAUCUUCAUGAGUAGAUUUGACGCGUUCAUUUAACCGAAUCAGUAAAUAAUUCAUAUGUUGCUUGUGAAGAGUGCUUUGUAAAACUUAGUAGCAGUUUUGUGUUCUUGGGUAUUGGAUUUUCUUGUGCGACGUUUACAUCUGCCUCGAUAAAAUUGACUAAUGCACAUUUUCAAAUUUAGUGCAUCUUCUAUAAUUACCUCGUGCUGGGCGAUUAUAACUGGAUAUGAUAGUCGGAUUAUAGAUUUCGGCAUCCCCGUUGCCCGUAUAGAGUGGUGCCAAACUUACAAAAACAACACAGUCACCGCUAAGUUAAAAGAUUCUGAAACUAAGGAGGCUUUAUUUUUGUCUGGCAUGAAAAGAUUCUUAUUCCCAAUCAUACACUGCAUGAAAGGAAGUCAAAAGAUAUUUGAAUAGAACUUCAAUGAAACUAAGGUGGUUUUUUUUCCUGAAUUACUACCUCUGUAGGGUCGAUUCUUUUAAUAUUACCAAGAAUUAAUAUUUGUUGUUUUUAAUUGUUAGAUGGCUCUGUCUGCUGGAACUCCCACCGCACGAGGAUAUCUUUCUGAUGUAGAUUGUCGUUGGGGAAUCAUAUCUGAGUCAAUGGAUGAUCGAACCCCGGAGGAGAGAGGCCUCGAGGUAUUUGUUAAGAAUUAAUAAUUUUUUUAACCCUGAAGCAUUGUUUAACUAAUCGUCUUAAAAGCCUCCAUGCCAGAGGUAACUCUAUAACUUAUCACUUUAGAUGUAGAAGUUUUUUUUCUUUUCCGAUGUGUGAUGAAUGAAGUUGUUUUUCGACAGUCACUCAGUACCCGUUGAUGCUAGCGGUAUGCAAGGAGAUUCAAACGUUAUGAACCUGGUAGAUCGCAUGACUCGCCAAGAGUUCUCCAAAGCUAAGUCAGAGGAUAACAUUAGGGAGUGACUACUCGCUCGGAUAAUCAUAGGCGACUUUAAGUUUUCUUUUGCUCUGGGCUCGAUAUAAAAUAGUGCUUUAAAUCUUUAAAUGUUUAAGUGUUUUAGUAUUGCGUUUCCUCUUCUUCAGCCACUCAAGGAAAACAAAUUUGUGAUACCUAAGUCACGGUAUGAUUCAGUGAGUACAUAUCUGUCAGCUGAGGCGAAUGGUUACAACGACAUCGACUUGCUGUAUGACCAAGACAUUUACCAACAGCUCGUCGUUGCGGGUAAGUGCUACACUAUGGUAACAACAGAUCACACUCAAGAUAAGUUUCGGACCAUACAAAUCGCAGCGACUGUUAGAAUUAUGAACGCAGCUACAUUGUCUUUUUUUAUAUGAAUUGGGAGAGCUUGUGUUUCCAUCGGCAUUCUUUGGAGAAUAAGACAACUCAAGUCCAAAUUCUGCAUUUGGAAAUCGAUCAAAUAACGUCGCCCUCCCUGUUUGUGUUAAAGAAAUUUUACUCUCCUUCUCUAGACUUCAAUCGCGAAAAACUUGUUCGUGGCAUAACGGCAAAUCGCACAAGCAUUUGAAAAGCAAACUCGAUAACACGUGACAGCAAACAACAAAUUUUGAAAGGUUUCUGGGUCAUGCUAUCGAAUUAUUCAAAUGUUGUGUUAUAAAAAACAUGUUUAGGACCUUUUUUAAGUUUAGAUGGCAUUAAAAAUUUGAGAAUCGCCUCUGUUUCAAAAUUGGACGUUUAUUUAUGAAAAAUCAUUUUAUCGCUGAUAUUCUAGGCGUUGAUGAACCACUGGCUCGGCAUGUCGCGCAUUUGUUCAUUCGGGAUCCUGUGGCGUCUCUGUGCCUUGAAGACCUCUACAAAGACGACGAGGAAAGCUCAAAUCUAUUUGAGGUAAGAUGUAACACCAGUGGUCGAUAUAAUCUCAAGAUAUCUCAGAAGCUCAGUUUGGAACAUUUGUCUGUUGCAUACUUUGUAUUCCAUGAUAGGGGAAAAUUCUGUCGAAAGUUGUUGGACAUAUUUGAAAGUAAUGUAAACAUACAAGCAGCUAAAUUUUUCGAAAUGAGGGUUAAACAGGUUUUUGAGAUAAGUAUAGCAGACUAAGUAAGUUGUAAAAUCGUGCUUAUGUAGAUUCCUCGUUUUAAUUAUCAGAACAUAAAUUCCACCAACUGGCAAACCGUGCGCUUCAAGCCACCACCGCCUGAUUCUUCGAUGGGAUGGAGAGUGGAGUUCAGGUCCCUUGAUGUAAGAAAAUGACAUUGGUUUGUUUGUUUGUUUGUUCCUUUGUGUUAUAGUUGUGGGAUUAGUCCACGAAGACAUUUCAAAGUAGGAGUACCAGAAUGGGAUCAGUUAAUAAUUUGUCUUCUUGCACAACUGGAACAAGAAUUCUUCGGGGCCAAAGUCUUUGGGGAAACAGCAAUUGAUUGCUUUUUAUUCCUCUAUCAUAGCAUUGAUCGAUCAGUUCAUUAAUUUACAGUCUUAUGUUAGUUCAAUAUGUGUUUUAGAUACAACUGACAGACUUCGAGAAUGCCGCUUUUGUGACAUUUGUCAUACUUCUCACGAGGGCGAUUUUGUCUUUUGAUCUCAACCUGCUCAUUCCUAUAUCCAAGGUGAGUAAAAAGCCGUGGACGGGGGGAGGAGGGAGGGGGGGAAGACACAGUGACCUGCCAGGUGGAGAACUUGAUUCUAAGUCUAAGGGUCUCAGUUCGAGCCUUUCCGGGUCGUUGUGGUGCGACCUUGGGGUGGACACUCACCCCCCAAAGAGCCCAUCCCCCAACCCUUCUUCCCCCGCCGGAACCACGGGGUAUUAAUGCGGAGGAGAAAUUCUUUCUUUGUUACUCCUUGAAGUGAAAGGGUUAACGAUGGGGGGGGGGUUAGGAGGGGGGAGGUUUUGUCAUCCCAGGUCCAUCUCAUCAAAAAAGAUAAUUACAGUGCGAGUGCGUCGAUGGAACACUUUGCCCAAAUUCGAUAUUUUAAAGGUCAGGUAGCGACAACAGAAAGCGCGGACGAGUGGCAAUUACCAAAAGCGCUUGUGAAACUUUCUAUUUUUCCAGUAAGACGAGUACAAACGCAUUGAUUUAAUUUUUAUCUAAGAACUGUACUUCUUCAGUAUUCUCGGGAAGUGUUAAUUGUUUUUUCGAUUUUUUUUUGUUACUAUUUUAUUAAGACAGCCCUAGGAAUAUUCGUUCACAACUGCAAAUGUUGUUCUGCCACAGGUGGAUGAAAAUAUGGUCAAAGCGCAGAAGAGGGACGCUGUCAGACAAGGAGAGUUUAGUUUCAGGAAGAAUGUGUGGAAAAGUGAGCAAAUUGUUCUGUUCUAGUCUCUUUGUCUCCGAUAUUAUUAAGUAAUUAGUGUGAUCAAAUUUUGGCUGCUUUUGACUGACCUAGCUCAGCUCAAUACUGCCUUCUCUUUGUCUUGCUCUCUGAGCAGCUGAUAGUCUUAUAACGUAUUUAUAAAAACUUAAUUUCUGCCCUAUUUGCAUACACUCUACACCAUAUUUUACACUUGAACUUUAAAAAACGGCUCAUUACGUUUUGUCUCCGGAAGGUGUUGUUGUGAGAGAGGCUGAAAAUUGCCAUAACAGCGCAGAAUUUGAAUUGAUGUCGAUCGACAAGAUUAUCAACGGCAAGGUGAGAGAUAAUGGACGACAAAAUUAAAGUGAUUUAGAAAGAAAGAUGGAGGGGACUGCCUCAGAGAUAACCGAAAUAUAUUUACAACCGUUCUUGAGCCUUCCUUUAGCUUUUGAUUAAGGAGAUAGGACGCAUGUAAGAAGUGAAGAUAGCACAUUUCUGUAAGAUCUUUAUUGUAUUGAAAUUUUUGCUUGGAUAAACAAUUUAGGAUGAGGCUUCGUGGAAAUAUGCAACGAUUCAAACUGAAGAUAUUUUCCAUUCUUUUUUUUCUGUUAUCAAUUAUUUUCAUUAUUUCAUCAUAGUUAGUUAUUUUUUAUUUUUUUUAUCAUUAUCUCACUAUGUUCUUCACACGACUUAGUGUCACUCGCUCACACCAAAGCAUAUCGAGCAUAAAUAAUCUGGUUCUAUUUUAUUGAUGCUUGAUUACAGGAUAACGAGUUCCCUGGCUUGAUACCACUCAUAAACCGUUACAUAGCGACCACAGAUGUCGACUUCAAUACACGCUGCACUAUUUCCCAAUAUUUGAACCAUAUUUCGAAAAAGGCCUCUGGUAAGUUAAUAGUGUAAGAGCUUUACGUACAUAUCAAAUGACAAAAGGCUUGACACCGCUAACUUCUACACGCUGCAUUACGUACGGUAGAACUUCGCUACGUCGCCGAACUUGUAUUUCACUAUGCGAAGAGUCUUUGGUGGUCGCUACCCUUUCCUAGAGCAAACUUUUGUUUCACGGCAGUGCGCAGAGUAUACCCGUUUAUACGUCUCCUGGGUAUUCUCAAAAGACGGAGGUGAACCUCUGAGAGGGGAGGCACAAAUUUCAUUAAUGCAUAAAACAUUUUCCCUCUUAACUAAGACCGUAUUUUUUUCAAUUAUAAUCAUCACUUUUUUACUCUUUGCCUAAGGUGAAUUGCUUACAACGGCUCAGUGGAUUCGAAGAUUUGUGGAAAGUCACACGGAAUACAAGAGAGAUUCUGUGGUCAGUGAGAGAAUUUGUUUCGAUCUUUUGAGAAAAAUCGAUUGUGUUGGCCAAGGAGAGACUAAAGCUCCCGAACUCUUUGGGGAGGCUGCUACUUUGAGGAUGGGUGACGCUGUAUUUAAGAAGUAUCUUGAAAUCAAAGAGAAGAUUAAAAGCCUUGAAGAGGACGGUAAAAUAAGAAAUAACAUCUUGAUGAGGUGGAAUCUUUUAAAACCAAAUUGUUAAGAUUGUGAAUGUCACCAACAGAAAUGAAGUCUUGGUUUACGUAGUAUACGAAAUUGUAUGUAUUUAUGGACUGUACCAUUAAUAUCUGUCAUCUACUAUUUGUGACGGAUCCUGAUAAUAGAUUAAUAUCAGUAUCUGAACAACGGCGGACCUACCCCACCCCUACAUGUAAAUCAACAUUAGCCUUCUUAUCACUUUAAUAGGCUGGGGGGGGGGGAGGGUAAGUUCGUGCGUAUUUGGUCAGACACUGACAUUGAUCCAUGAUCUUUACCGUUCAAAGUGUUAACCUUCGUCAAGAUUAAAUGACCGACAAUUUAUUACUCUGCAUUGAAUGAAAUAUUUACAAGUUCAUUACACUGCCGUUUAUAUCGUUUACUGGCGAUUGAGCAUCUGAGAGAAAUCGAGAGAAGAUCAAAUACUUUAAUGCUUUAACCAACAAUUUAUUAAAUGUAUUUUGCAUUAUUAACUUUUCUCUUUGCAUGCAAAUAUCCCGAAAGGUGUU